GAACGCAAAUUCUCUGAGUGCGUGAUGCGUUUGCGCCAGUCCGAGUCAUGUCCCUUCACUUUGAAACCAUGUGCCUGAGGUUUGUGAUUAAACAUUUCUGCUAGUGCUGUGCCUCCUUCCUAUUUUCUUUACAAAUCGCUGGCUUUCCCGAACUGUCGAGAUGUCUGCGCGCGCCACAGACCUCCAGGCGCAGGUGGAGUCGGUGUUGGGGGCGCUAGUUAAAGCAGCCACGGUGGAACUAACCAAACUAUUUGAGACCAGAUACGGCGUGUCGCCUCUACAAGUGGGAGUGGGCCGCAAUGAAGACAAAGAGAAAACUGAAACUAUCAUAACAGUGGAUGAUAUUUCGACUGCGGACACGAAACGUAGCAUCGGAGUGCAAGUGGAAAACGACAUUUAUGCGCCAUUGGAGGCUUCUGGCCCACCUCUCGUCUUAGAGGAGGAUUCUCUCAGGGAGUGCGGGGAGGAGGUGGGGGUCCAGGAGGGAUGUCGUGUUUCUUCAAAAGUACUCUUAUAUGAGGCUAACAGCUAUGUUGACUCAGAUUUGUCACCUCUCAACGAACAGGUUUUGUCUGUGGACGUGGUGGAGGUGGAUGUCCCUGAUGACUUUACAACAGACAGUGAUGCCCAAACAGAUAUUGUUUUUCAUGUUUCUGCAGAAGCAUGGACAGAGGUAUUAGCUCUUGAAUCAACACAAAAGCGUGCAGCCAAACAACAGCCUAUUGUGAUCCAACCAGACACAAGCAACAACACGUCUGAUAAGGUGAACUUUGUUUGUCCAUUAAUCCUUAAGCCUGAGUCUCCAGUUCCCAAGCCUGACAGCUCAGAGAAGCAGUUUCAAACUGAGCCUCAACAACGCUGUGUUAGCACUUCUAAGGGCACUGCUUACAGUCCAUCCCCGUCAGAUGGAGCCAUUACUCCUGCACAGGUUGGGGUUUGGGAAAGGAUCCAUACUCCAGAUGGUGCGAAGAACAACCUCCACAUGAGACUGAAGUUGUCUUCUGCAGAUCCAAAGCUGAUGCGUCAGUGUACAGUACAACUGGUGGAUGUACUCAAGGUGUCCAAACCAGGAAAGAAUCUUAAGGAUAAUGUUGCGAACUGCAAAAGUGAUGUGCCUCUUCCCAAAGACCUGCGGCGCCACCAAGGUCUUCACACAGGCCAUCGUAUCUGCUGUUUUACCUCGUGUGGAAACCACAUUUGGCGUCUCCACAAGGAUGUUGCCCACUCUCGCAACAGGUACGCUUGCAGCAUCUGUGGAAAAGAUUUUAAACGCAGAAAAGUUCUCCGGCGGCAUGAGCGUUUCCACAGUGGAGAAAAACCAUAUUCCUGUUCAGCUUGCUCCAAGAUGUUUGCACUGAGAAAGAGCCUCCGUCGACAUGUGCGUUUUCACACAGGGGAACGGCCGCACACCUGCACCCAGUGCGGAAAGGGCUUCCGUCUGCGAGACAACCUGAAAGCACAUUUAAGGUUUCACACAGGAGAGAAGCCGUUCAGCUGUGCCACAUGUGGGAAGAUGUUCAGAAUUAUGAGAAAUCUUGAGAAACACAAAGUUUCUGACUGUCAAUUGUUUGUACCUUCAUUCAGGACCAUUGCUGGCUUGUAGCUUUAUGGGAGCCAGCUGUCCUUCUGUGUUGUGGUCAUUCCUUACCCUUCUACCUCACGCUGGCGAUGCUAAAUGAUUGUUAUACUGUUUGUGUAAUGAUAAGGCGAUAAGACCAGAAACUGUUACAGCUUAAAUCAUUUCAGAGUGACUUUUAUGAUGAUGGUUAUUUAAUAAUCACAGUAGACUUUGGUAUUUUAAUCACAUAUACUACUGAUAUUUUUGUCUUUUUUCAAUUUUCCCGUAUUCCCUUACUCUCUAUCCCCUCACUCAUAUAU